UACAGUUUAAUUAAUAAUUUACCAAUUCAACUUUUGAUCUACUACCCAGAACACUAACUAAUUUGAUUAUGGAUCCAAAUUUUAAAACUAUAAUAAUAACAACUCGAAUCAAUUCUCUUACAACUUACAAGUAUUGCUCCACGAAGGGUAGACCCAACCCGGCCAAACCCACUUGAAAGCUCUAAUAUUGCACAUGUUAUCUAAUUAUAUGUUACAUUUAUUAAUAAUUACAUUUUCAAACGCGUUAUUUGAAACUUAAUUGUAACCAAUUAAUCCUAUGCAAGAGAAAGCCUAAUGUUUAUAUUUACAACUAGUUUUAAGGAAUAUUACAUUAUAUCUGAAUCCUUUUCAUGACUUUAUUUUGUAACGAAACUUAUUAUCAUUUUUCUUACUCCAUAUAUUAUUUAUUUAUUACUCUUACUAUAUUCUAAUUAAACAUAAGAGGAAAAUACUAAUAACAUAUAUUUUACAUAUUAUUUUAUUAUUGUGUAAAAUUUACAUAAAAGUAGUAUUAAAUAAAAAAAAAAUGGGACAUAUAUAAUAAACAAGAAACAACACCUGUCACACAUAUAGAUCAUUUGUAUGAUCCCGGCCAUUUGAAUUUUAUCAUAUAAUGUGUUAAAAAGUAUUUUAAAAAAUAUUUGAAUAUGCGUUGUCAAUAUUAAUUUUCACGCAUGCAUGAAAUAAAUGAAAUAUUAUACAUGCAAUUAAUCCUUACAUCCUACGAUCAUUGACGGGUCAGGGACUAACAAGGCGAUUAAAGAAAGUAAGCAAGACAUUUGACCAAGUCAUGGAGCAGAUUAUCCAAGACCACGAGCAUCCACAUAAUAAAAAACAAAAAGGAUCAAGCAACAAAGACUUUGUGGACAUAUUGCUAUCACUUAUGCACCAACCCAUGGGUCUUGAGGACGACCAAAAUGUCUUGGAUAGAAGUAAUAUCAAAGCUAUUAUAAUAGAUAUUAUUGCAGCAGCAUUUGACACGGCAUCUACAACGGUUGAAUGGGCCAUGUCAGAACUCUUGCGGCAUCCAAAUGUGAUGAAAACUCUUCAGGAUGAGCUAGAAAAUGCAGUGGGAUUGAAGAAACAUGUGAAGGAAAUUGACGUGCAAAAUUUGCCUUAUUUGAAUAUGGUGGUCAAGGAGACCCUAAGAUUACAUCCGGUUGCACCUUUGCUCCUGCCUCAUGAGUGUCGAGGAGAUGUUACUAUUAAUGGUUAUUAUAUAAAGAAGAAAACAAGGCUCAUAGUAAAUGCAUGGGCAAUAGGGCGAGAUCCUAAUGUUUGGUAUAAUGCUGAGAUGUUUGAUCCCAAGAGAUUUGAGAAUAACAAUAUUGACAUUCGUGGAAAUGACUUUCGAGUGAUACCAUUUGGUUCAGGUCGAAGAGGUUGUCCUGGGAUUCAUAUGGGUCUAACUACUGUUAACCUUAUUCUGGCUCAGUUAGUACAUUGUUUUGAUUGGGUGCUUCCAUUAGGCAUGACUCCUGAUGAGUUAGACAUGAAUGAGAUAUUUGGACUCACGAUACCCAGAAGUAAACACUUGUUGGCCAUACCAGUUUAUCGACUAGUUGAUCAAUAAGAACAAUAAUUUCCUGUCAAUUUAUAUUUGUAAUAAUUUGAAGUCAUGUGAAAUGUUUAAUUAUAACGAGUGAAAUCUAUUUACUAA